GGGUCACUGCUGUAUCCUAGCCUGCUAUUGGCUAGCGUGGCACCGUCCUGUCUCUGAUUGGCCAAAGAGGGUAUUGCCAUGCUAUCUUUCGCUCCUCUUCUGCGCAUUUGGGUCGUAGCUGGUGCGGCCGUUUGAAUAGCGCUGCUUCCAUGUCGGCUGCGCAGAGAGCCGGGAAUGGCGGCAGCGGGUAUUAUACCCCGGCGGGCGGGGACGUGCUGGCUCGCCAGAGGCAGGAGGAAGCAGCGGCUGCGGCGGCCUGGAGGUCGGGGUUUUACACACAGGGGGCGGGAGCUAGCUGGCCCGGAGGAGGAGCGGGGGGAGGAGCCGCAGGACCCCAGGUAAUCUCUGUUAUAAUAAUAAUAAUAUCAAUAGAGCCGCAGGACCCCAGGUAAUCUCUGUUAUAAUAAUAAUAAUAUCAAUAGGACAGGAGCACACCCCCUGUGUACAGCGUAUCUUAUAAUGAUAUCAUGUGUGCUCAGAGACUGCCAAUAGAGCAUUGUAAUAACCCAAACCAGAGUGAGGCAUGAAUGCAUCCAGCAAGGGCACCGGCUGGGCAUUUUAUUAUAAUAUAUGCAAAUUAUACACAUUUCCUAUGAUUUCCUGAAGUGCGUAGAAGUUCCUAGUUUUUGCUAGCAGCGCAUGAUGUCUUACCUUGAUUAUUAGUGGGGCCAGAUAGGCUGACACUUUUUUUUUGUCAAUAUCUUUUUAUUGAAAUGUUUUUUUGUUGUCUUUAUAUCAAUGCAAGGUUGGUUAGAGAAAUAAAGAAGUAGGUUUGCACAUAAGGUUACAUACAUGCGUUAUCAUUUGUCAGGAGAUGGGUAUGUAUCGCAAUAUUGAAAGCCUAACAUUGAUAUUUAAUCAUGAAGGUAUAUAAUGCGGAUGGAGAUCAGCCAUGUAGUGUCUGUGGACAUAAGUGUAGCCCAUUCUGGGGGAUAUUAUCUGUCCUUUUUCCAACUGUACCCUGUGACGGACCACCUGGCACCCCAACCGGGUACCUCUGUCAAUCGCUGCUUCCUAGUACUUCUGAGCACCAUAAGCACUGCACUUGAAUACCAUAACCACCGUAACACCCACAAACCGCCGCAGCUUGUUUGGGGUCUUGCUGUCCUCCACCCACCGGGGAUCCAGCUUCCAAUGGGUAGACCUCUGCUAGUCCAGAGAGCAACGCAGGCUGCUCGAGCAAGUGUAGUGAUUAGUGAUUAUAGCAAUCCCCAGAGUGAAUAUAGCUCUCCAAUCCCCCAAAUAUGAGCCUAGAUUUCAUGAAGGCCAGAACGGAUCUCAGUUUAAUGGUAGAUACAACUGGCCUUUUAUGACAGUCCCCAUGCAAGGCGCACUCCCCCCUGUACCUGAGAGUAAACCACAGUAGAAACAAAUACACGUUUACAUUGGCUCUCAGGUCCAGUACACUCCAAUACAAAAUAGGUCAAUAGGUCAAUCUCUCUCCUAUGCCUGGGAGAUAAUUGAGCCAAGUACUAUACUAAACUCAAUUAUGUCCAAACACAAAAACACAUUUUUACAAACCCCCAAAAAUACCUUAAAACACACAAACCCCCUACAAAAGUUACAUUGCCUGAUCUGGGUGACCAACAUAUCCAAAAAUAACCCAGAUCAGUUCAGGAAUUUUUUGGAAGUCUUAUUUUUGACCGACCACAAGCAUGGUUCCAUGCCCAAAACCGUUCCAGAGAAUCAGGGCUUGCGGUUGGUCUAGUUUGGUAGUUUGGAAACCGAAUAAACUAGCCAACAUAGUCAAUGUUCUUACCCUGGAGCUUGUGGCCCUCAUCCAGAUGAACUAUUUCACCGAACAGUGUCCUUUUAAAUUUUAUAGAACCGAACGUAGGCGAUGAUGCAAGUCCAGCGGUGUUCGGGAGUUUCUGUGUCCGAUUUUAGUUCCAUGAGAUUCAUGCCCAAACAACGCUGCCUGCCUUCAUGUGAACAAGAUGGCAGCCACUUUGUGGUUGUCCAUAGGAAUUGUGGCCACCCAGACAAACAAUUAGAACACUGUGGUGAGAACUGUUCCAAGGUGUUAAUAGGUGUUAACAAGCUCCCGGGUGGUCCUUGGUUCGUGCGGUUGUUCGGUAGUCGAACUGGACAAUUUUAGAAUAGGAGGGCAAUGCAAUCUACUGAACAGAAUAGCAAAGAGGCACGAACAAGGUAUUUUAUGAGCCUUUUUGCAUGGCCCAUAGUCCUGAGGCAGGAGGCUGACAAAUAGGUCCCUCCAAGAACAUGUGACAAGGCUAAGUUCGUCACAUACCCCUAACCAGAGGGGUGGGGGUGUGUGAGCUGCGAUAGGUGUGGUGUAACACACCAUCGUGUAGGGGCAAAGCCCAUGUCCUCUGAAUGCCGGAGCAUGUUAUUACAGGUAAACAUACUCCGUUAGGAAGCCAACAAAUUAAACUUAUUAGGAUUCAUGUUAAGAAAUGAACUAAACAAAACAUAAGAGUUCGAGCCGCAGAUAGGUAUUAGGACUCUCAAUGUAGCCAGGCUUCUGGUUAUAGUAUCAGGUGAUCUGUAGAUGUAGAGGGUACAGCCAGCCCAGAUUCUUAUCCGCGUGCACAGCAUUUCGGUCUGGUGGGGUCUUUGGGGCAGGAAUGCCCAGAGCCAUGAAGAAGGUAGGUGCUUCAGCUAGGGAUGAAAUUUUAUGUACAGUCCCAUUGUGUGUGGCCACUAGGAACCUCGAAGAUUUCCAGUGGUAUUCUAUUCCUGCUGUUCUCAGGUGGCAGGUUACAGGAUUUUGGGAUCUUCACUAUUGUAGCCUUGACCUAGUGAGAUUCUGAUAGAAGGAGAGACUUGAUCCUUCAAAGGAUAGUGGUGUCUUGCCUUGGAGUGCCGACAUUAGGAAUCUUUUAUCCUGUGAGGCGGAACCCCUGACAAUCAUAUCAUUCUAUAGCGCCAGCAAAUUCCGUAGCGCUGUACAAUGGGUGGACUAACAGACACGUAAUUGUAACCAGACAAAUGGACCAACAGGAACAGAGGGGUUAAGGGCUAUGCUAGAGGGAGUGGGGUAUAGUGACACAAAAGGUAUAAGUAGGGGUAAUAAAAUGGGUUGCUAGAAAAGUAUUCACUGAGAACUUAUUGUUUUUGUUUAUUUUUGACAGUUGCAGGAGAGGAUUCAUGCGGGGGGUAGGGGGGGAUUAAAACCCGCUAACAGUUUAAAUAUAUGCUUUCCUGGACUUGUAAGCAAGCACCAGAAUCUUAAAUUGAGCCCUAUAUCUAACUGGAAGCCAAUAUAGGGACUGACAGAGGUGGGAGGUGCGGGCGGACAGGAAAAUGAGCCUCGCCAUGUACUGUUGUAGAGGUGACUGUCUGAUGAUGGUAGACGGUAGAUCCAAUCUAUGGUGAAUUUCUUGGCUUGAUUUGGGGGUAGUAUUGAUGCUACAAGUCACCUCAUAGUGUGGGAGCUCGUCAGGUGUCCGGUAUUCCUAUGAUCUUUAGGGGAUUGUGCCGUGAUCUGUCACCCAGCGCUAUAUAGUGAAGUGAAAGAGCCUGUUAGUGAGCCUGAAUAGUUAGGACGGAGUUCUGAAGGGCUGAGAUUCCAUGUUUAAUAUCAGCUAUGUCAUUUUCUGAGGCCUUCACCCUAUUAUCGACUGCCUGUAUGCCUGCUUUAAUAAAUACCACAUCAGCUGCCAGGAGAUUCUUGAUCUCCAGGACCAAGUUGCGAAAGACCCAUCUGGGUCAUCUGCAGUAAUAGGUACCUGCCCAGUAGUCAGGUUGUAUGGGUUCUGCUGGUGCCAUCGCAAUUUUGGGCGGCUGUUGUCGCUGCAGUAAUGCUUAUAUGUCUCUGGACUCUGAAGGUGGAUCCAGGGGAGGCUUCUGUGACCAUCGAUGCUAGGGAUGGUUGGUGAGCGUCCGGGUAAUAUUCCGCCUCUGGGUCCCAGUGAGGCUCCAAGCUGUCUAGCAGUUUUGACCAGUUCAGGCUCUGAGUGGACUUGUAGCGCCCAGACCUGAGCUUGUGUCGUUUUAACCUCGCGGGUUCUAUGAACGGCAUAGGUCACCUCUGCAGUGCUUACUCCAUGGAGUGUUAGCCAAAAGUAGGGUGGAUGAGGGGUUUAGCCCUCAAAAAAGCUUUUUUUUUAUUUUAUUUUUUAUUUCAGCUUUGCAAACGGAGCACUGUGAAAUGACUUCUGCUCCGGCUCGUGGUUAUGCUCCGCCUUCCCCCUCCCCCCGGCUGCCACUUUAUAGUCUAUAUAAUUGCUGGCAAAGGCAUGCUUAACCUGAUCGAUCAUUGAGGCGACUGGAGUCCGUACAGACGGGCACCCUGGGUCAAACUGUUAAAGGGUUGAAACCCCACAAGAUAGGACUGUGCCCAGGUACCCAGUUCCACGUCACUGUGUUAAGAUAAAUUGUUUUAAGAAAUGUUAGCACUUGUGCACCAACACAACUUCUAUGAUAUAAGGUUUGUUGGCAUCAUCCUAAUGCAAUACCAACGCCUGGUUAUGUCCCACAUCCUCCUAUUUAAUUGGCCUCGCUUGGGAACACUUCAGCAACACCUACAAAGCUGCUAUCCUGGCACUGACUGAAACCUGGAGAGACCAUAUCUACAGAAAAUCAAUACGUUUAUUGCUGAUUCUGCUAGCACAACCAAUAGAUUAAAUUUUUAUCACUUUAAUUUACAUUUGACAUGUGUUAAAAAGUAACUCUCACGGCACACCACUUUAAAGGGCAGCGCCAAGCAUCAUGAUGCCUGGAGUCUUUAUGUGCAGUGUUUCUCUGAACAUGCCAAGUUUAAUCCCUUUGCUGCUGGAGGUGUAACUCCACCUGGAUGUCUAGGUGCAAAGAGUGAAGAUUUCUUGCAUCGUUUCACAUAGUCAAACUACGUGAAAGGCCAGAAAGCGCCUCUAGUGCCACAAUACAACCCGGGUAAGGGCAUCUCACGUAAGAAAAAACAGGAUAUUAAAACAACAAUAAAAUAAACGUUAUUUUAGUGUAUAUGACUCCUUCAACUAUGCCUUUGACCGGUCAUGGGCCUAAAUGUAGCCUGGUAAAGUCCUGGAUACUUCAUCUGUUGUCAGUAGCGGGGCAGGGAACUACUUUCAAAACGUUCUAGGAACAGCAGGCAGGGUUGAUAACUGCUUCAGGCCCAAAUCAGAGAGGAAAGGAUCCCAAUUGGUAACUAAUCUUGACCUCUUUGAGAGAUUGUCUAACUUGUUGGACCGAACAUCUCCAGUCAAGCGUGGUCCUGCACAAGUCAGACAGGAAAGUUAGUUGCAUUCCUUCAAACUGGAACAGACUUUUGGAUUUAAGGGCCUCAACUACUUCCAUUUCAUCCCAGAAUGACAUGAAUCGGAGCAGAGCGUCGCUACUGCUGGAGUUGUGUUUUUUGGUGUUUUUUUGGGGGGUUAAGUCAGGAUAGCCGAGAGAAGGUGUCUAAUAAGAUGUGGAAAUUCCGUGUCUGGUAUGGACUCUGCUACACCCCACACUUUGAGGUUGUUACGUUGUCCAUGACAUUCAGCUUAAUCUGCAUAGGAAUCUGCAGUGGAAGAGACAUCAUUUUCUGUGACCUUCACCCGGUUUGUGACUACAGUAAGCUCCUCUCUCUGUCUGUACAGAAGAAGGUGCGGACGUAGCUUGGGAAAUUCACGAUGUUUCCCUUGGUAGCAUGUGCCCUUUAGAUCUCCAGACAGCACCGGUAAGUCGACAAGGUCCUGGCGCUGAUCUGCCAUGCCCUGUCAUGAUGUCACUUGGCAUUUGCACAGAAUAAUCAUCGGUUUCUUAUAGAGAAACCUGUUAAUGGACAUUUUUGCCGGCCAGGGAAGAGGGAGAAAAAGAGUGAGUGUGGGAGAAUUAAAGGGACACUAUAGUCACCAGAACAACUACAGCUUAAUGUAGUUCUGGUGAGUAUAAUAGCUCCCUUCAGGCAUUUUUAUGCAAACACUACCUUUUCAGAGAAAGAGCAGUGUUUACAUUGCCCCUAGGGACACCUCCAAGUGGCCACUCCUCAGAUGGCCACAGGAGGAGCUUCUUGGCUCAGGCUCUGCAUUGGGAUGCUGAAUUUUCCUCUAUGAGGAGGUGCUGAUUGGCGAAAACAGUGUUUGGCCGCACCCUUGCCGAUUUUAGCCAAUGCUUUCCCCAUAGAACAUAUUGGAUUGGCUAAAAAUCUCCAAUUUUGAUGUCACCAAGGGGGCGGGUCCAGUGCCGGCAGACCCGUGGAGAGCUGGAAAUAAGGUAUGUUUUAACCCAUUCUGAGGGGGCUGGGGGGGGGUCACUAUAGGGUCAGGAAUACAUUUUUAUAUUCCUGACCCUAUUGUGAUCCUUUAAUUUAAAAAAUAAUAAAAAAAAAAAAGACCACUUACAAUUUGCAGAAGGAGCACACCUUGGGUGGGAGGGGGAAGCAAUCUUCCUCUUGAAGUUCCUCUGCUGCAAGGGGAAGCUUAUACCGUAUUUUGGCAACGUGUGCAAUGAACACUGACGAGACAUUUUUAUAUGCACAGAAUUGACAUUGGCCUGGGCUGCCAAUAUCAUUCAAUUAAGGGGUUAAAGGGACACUAUAGUCACCAGGACAACUACAGCUUAUUGCAUAAUUUCUGGUGAAUAGAAUCAUUCCCUUCAGGCUUUUUGCAGUAAACACUGUCUUUUCAGAUAAAAUGCAGUAUUUACAUUACAGCCUAUUGAUAACUUCACUGGCCUCUCCUCAGAUGGCUACUAGAGGUGCUUCCUUGGGUAGUCCUGCCUAAAAUGCAUCAUAACAUUCAGUGUCUCCACGCUCUGCAUGCAGACACUGAACUUUUCUCAUAGAUGCAUUGAUUCAAUUCUUCUCUGAGGAGAUGCUGAUUGGCCAGGGCUGUGUUUGACUUGUGCUGGCUCUGCCCCUGAUCUGUCUCCUUGACAGUCUAAGCCAAUCCUAUGGGGAAGCACUGUGAUUGGUUCAGACCACCACUUCUAAUGAUGUCAGAGUUUAGAGGCAGACAGGAUCAGAGCUAGCCACUGAAGACUUGAAUACAAAUGAGAUUUUACUAUAUUUAGGGACGCAAGAAGGGGCCAAGAUGAUGGUUUUAACACUGUAGGGUCAGGAAUACAUGUUUGUGUUUCUGACCCUAUAGUGUUCCUUUUUAAAAACUACUCUGGAUAUGCAGUGCUUCAAGGAGAAACACUGCACAUACACACUCCUACCACCAGAACCACUUAAAUCACUGAGUGCAAAAUGUGAUAUCUUGCAAACACAUAUUUGUUAAAUAUAGGGGUUAAGUAAGCCUAAUGAUCCUGAAAGGUUGGGCAGCGAGCAUCUUAACUACAAGAUAUACUCCCUUGCUUAGUAAAGAAGGUUAAUUGAAUCAUUCUUUGGCGAAUUAGUAACCCCUUAAGGACGGCGGGCGUGCUAAGCCAUCCUUGGGGACCCGGCUCUAAACAGGGGCGGCAUAGCACGUCCUUGCUGUCCUGGCCAGUUACCUGCUCACCGGCAUUGCGAUUGGGGGACUUACCUGGCAUCCCAGGGAGUCCCCCUGCUGCCGAUCCGGCCUUCCUGGGCCAUGUGAUCGCCAGGUCCUCAUGAUCACAUGGACGUAAUGGCAGUCCAUAGCAGUGCCAGCAGGGGGGGAAAUUUUUUUUUCAUUUUUUUCACAUUGAAAUUUGCCAGAUUGGUUACGUUGCUUUUGAGACCGUAUGGUAGCCAGGAAUUAGAAUACCCCCAUGAUGGCAUACAAUUUGCAAAAGAAGACAACCCAAGGUAUUGCAAAUGGGGUAUGUCCAGUCUUUUUUUAGUAGCCACUUAGUCACAAACACUGGCCAAAAUUGGCGUACAAAUAAUUUUUUUGCAUUUUGCACACACAAACAAAUAACGCUAACUUUGGCCAGUGUUUGUGACCAAGUGGCUACUAAAAGACUGGACAUACCCCAUUUGCAAUUGUUACUAUUUGCUAUUGCAAAUGGUUUGCAAUCAUGGGGGUAAUUUUCAUUCCUGGGCUACCAUAUGGUCUCAAAGUCAAGGUAACCAAUCUGGCGAAUUUCAAUGUGAAAAAAACUGAAAAAUUUAAAAUGCUAUAUUUUACCAUGUAGCUUCCUAAAAUCCCAUAUAACCUGUACAUAUACAUAGGGGUUACUGUUUUACAUGUGAGUCAUUGCUAAAUACAAAUAUGUGUAUUUUAUUGCAGUAAAAGCAAACAGUAUUAUGACAUUCACAUUUAAAAUGUCAUGCAGAACUAAAAAUAUAACAAUUUCUUAAUUUCUCAAUUUUUAAAAAUAUAUUUUAUUCAUAUUAAAUUAUGUUUCAUUGCUAAAUAUUUGGUGUUAAAUGAAUGCCCUAUUUCUCCUGAAUAAAAUGAUAUAUAAUAAGUGUGGGUCACUUAUUAUUAUUUAUUAUUAUUAUUAUUAUUAUUAUUAAAUUUAUAGAGCGCCGUCAAAUUCCGCAGCGCUUUACAAUGGGCGGACGAACAGACAUGUAGUUGUAACCAGACAAGUUGGACACACAGAAACAGAGGGGUUGAGGGCCCUGCUCAAUGAGCUUACAUGCUAGAGGGAGUGGGGUAAAAUGACACAAAAAGGUAAGGAUAGUAUUAGACUAAUGACAGUUGCAGAAGAGGAAUCAGUCAGGAGCUAUUAACAGUUUAAUUGAUACGCUUUUAUGAAGAAGUGGGUUUUUAACAAUUUUUUUGAAGACGUGGAGACUGGGUGAGCAUCUAACGGAGGAGGGAAGCGAGUUCCACAGGAAAGGUGCAGCCUUUGAGAAAUCUUGAAGGCGAGCAUCAGAGGUGGGAGUACGGACAGAAGAUAGACGUAAGUCUUCAGCAGAUCGUAAGGGCUUAGACGAAAUAUAUGAAAGAGGUGAAUUACGGUUGAACAGACAUAUAGUCAAAUUCCAAGGUUUGUUUACUUUUUUUAUUUUAAUCAAAACGUGUACAUUUGGCUCAUUCCUUAAGGGGUUAAAUAAUUUUUUUUGGUGUAUGUACACAUGUGAACAUGCAUACAGAUUAUCCAAUUAGCCCUCCUAUUAUUAUAUAACGCUUCUAUAAAGUGACUGGCUGCAGGAAUGAUGUCAUGGGAACAUCAGUAAUUCUGGCACAUGCUUUUCAUAAUUUCAUACCUCUGGCUGUUUGUAAUCUACUUCCUUAUGACUCCUCUUUCUAAUUAACCAUGCGGCAAGGUAUUAAAAAGGCAACCUUUUAGUAUCAAGUGAAACUUUCUGCUGAGCGCUCCUCUCAGAAGAGAUACUUCUCAUUGUUCUAAGAUCUGAAUUUCAAAGGUAGGGUUCUCUUUGCAAUUACUGAUGCUGAAUUCAGAAAGUAAUAGAUUUGAUUACCUCUACUGUGUAAUUAAGAAUACAUUUGCCCUUUUGUUUAAAAAUAUAUUGUUCUUUUGUAUAAAAAAAAAACAAAACACUUUUUGUUGUAUUGAUUUUAAGUAUACACAUACUGUCUCUACAUACAUAAUAUUUUGUUCUGUUUCUUAUCUCUAUCUCAUUCCGUUUUUCCUAUAUUAUAUCUUAAAUUAAUGAUUAAGGAUUUGAUAGUUUAUCGAUAGUUUUCCAUAGGUGUGGAGCUUGAACAGAAUGUGUGUGGAAGUGUCUUUUGAAUUGGUAACUGCAAAAAGAAGGUCGGCAGCAUCUGCUGCAAACUUAUGCUCUAUUGAUUGGGACAUCAAACUAUGGGCAUUGAACAUUCUAAAGGCAGGAAAGUGGCGGGCAGCUAAAUGAAAAAUCAAAAACUUUUCCGUGAGUGUCAAGUCCACGGAUUUACCUGUUUUCAUGUGAGGUGAUUUUGAUAACAUUUGGGGGAUUAUUUGAUAAAACAAUCCCCUAUAAUGUAAAUUUUUGUUUGUCCCUUAACUCCUUAAUAAAAUGUCAUUGUCCUGAGAUGUCUAAUCUAUUCACUCCAACCUAUUAUAAGUGUGUAAUUAUGUGUCAUACUUGUAAGCAGAUCUAGACAGGUAAGGUUUUUCCACGUGACCUGUAAAUCAACCUUUUAUGUGUUUGUCCUUCAUUGAAGAAGAAGCAGGGUUACCAUGACUCAUUGCAUUUUACAUUUAUAAUGCAAUACCAUGAGGACAAAUUUUAAAAGCCAGUUAGCCAUUUUUCCCAGGGUUUUUUUUGUUUUUGUUUUCAUAAAGACAUACAGUGCUUCUUUAAACAAAGUCACUGUAGAUACACUGAUUUCUGGCUCCUGAAAAAAACAAAACAGUCUGAAGUCCGUGAUUGGACAGCCACAGAAUGUCUGGACGGGGUGAGAAGAGGAGGGUUUGCAAAGGAAGCAGACAAGAGAACUGCAGGUUUUGCCAGCAGUCUUUAGAUAAACCUACAAUUAAAAUUUUUUUUAUUAUUAACGAUUAACUCUUUAAGGACACAACUUCUGGAAUAAAAGGGAAUCAUGAUGGAAUAUUUCCAUCAUGUGUCCUUAAAUGCAUUCACGUUUUCAUUUGUAAAAACCAAAGGAAAAAAGUUACCUGCGCUCUUUCCACAUCCCUAUGUAUUUUUUUAAAAAAUUGAGAUUUUUAGUUACCUCCAAUGGCCAUGAGAGGGUAAACCCACCUGCCACAUCAAGGCAGACCUCUUAGGUGGGUCCUAACUCCAUUUGCCUUGCUUCCUUGAGCUUCUGGCAAAAAUAUCUCUAAUGAGACAGAAAGGGGUAUGUUUUAUAUACAUUACUACAUGCUUAUUAACCCUUAAUAGGGAACACAUGGGAUGGGCAGCAGCAUUGCAACCUAGGCUGAUGGCAGUGGGCAGGUCAAAAGGAAACAGGGACUAAGCCAGCAGCUUCAGGUUUGAAUACAAGUAAGAUAUACUACAUUUAGGGAGGCAUGAGGGGACCAGGGUGGCUAGAUGGUGGUUUUAACCUUUUAGGGUCAGGAUUUCAUGUUUCUGUUCCUGACCAUAUAGUGUUCCUUUAAACUAAGUUGCAUAUGCCCACACAGAAUCCUUUGCGGUAUUAACAUCACUGCAGAUUUGUGAUUUCUGUGGAAAAGGCUUAUGACUUGACUGGUGUACAGAUUUUUGUUUAACAUUGUAUUAAAAAAAAAAAAUAUAUAUAUAUAUAUAUAUAUAUAUAUAUAUAUAUAUAUAUAUAUAUAUAUAUAUUGAGUAUAAGCUGAGUUUUUCGGCACAUUUUUUGUGCUGAAAAAGCCCCCCUCGGCACAUACUCGAGUCACUGUCUGUAUUAUGGCAAGUUACAUUGCCAUAAUACAGACCAGGACCGCCGGGCUCAUUACAAGCCCAGCGGUCCUGUUGGGGGCCGGAGGAAGCUGUUACCUACGCAGCUGCUCCGGUCAUCUCCCUUCACCUCCGUUCCGUUCAACUCACUGUGUAAAUCUUGCGAGACCCGCGCCCGUCAUUGUUGCCACAGGUUAUCCCUGAACAUAAUACAAAACAAAAGGAACUUAAGGAAGUAAAGGGAUAAAAAAAAAAAAAAAGCCUCUCAAACUAUCACAUCAUGGGAAACACAUACAUUAUAUGGAGUAAAGAAAUCACAUUGUGAGAAUUCAGUUACUUGUGCUAGAGAAAAAAAUACUGUACUGUAUAAUUAAUAAAUGGAUUCAACCACCUACCAUGUCAGCAGCACAACCCAUUACAAACAAAAUAUUAAAAUAAUUUUAAAAAAUUGACAAUAUUAAAAUAAAAAUGCCCUCCCCCCACCCAGUUUGGGUGGGGGGAGGGCAUUUUUAUUUUAAUAUUGUCAAUUUUUUAAAAUUAUUUUAAUAUUUUGUUUGUAAUGGGUUGUGCUGCUGACACACACUACACAAAAACACACACACACACACACACACUUUGCAUUAUAUACACACACUGCAUUCAUACAAACACACACUGAAUUCACUAUAUACACAUACUCUGCAUUCAUUAUAUACAUACACUGUAAAUAUUAAAUUAAUGUAAUUUUAUUGGGAUCUAAUUUUAUUUGGAAAUUUACCAGUAGCUGCUGCAUUUCCCACCCUAGGCUUAUACUCGAGUCAAUACGUUUUCCAGUUUUUUGUGGUAAAAUCAGGGGCCUCUGCUUAUAUUCGGCUCGACUUAUACUCUAGUAUAUACUGUGUGUGUGUGUGUGUGUGUGUGUGUGUGUGUGUGUGUGUGUAUGUGUGUGUGUGUAUAUAUAUAUACACGUGUGUUGUUGUAAUAAGGUUUUUGUUUCUGUUUUUUGUCCUCUUAAUUAGCUCCGCUAAUUAAAAAUCAGCAGUAAAUUUCUUAAAAUGCUAAGUUAUCAGCAUAUCUAAGCAUCAUCUAGCUAAUACAUUGAUAUUUUUAACUGAAUAUUAUGAGGCAUGUCUUGGCUGUCAAAUUGCAGCUAUUUGUCAUUGAGUUGAUUCAUAAAAUAGCCAACAUAAUUAUUUAUGAUAUGCCUGAGACAUUUAUCAUCAUGUCUAAACAAUGUCAGCAAUGUUUCAUUGAUCAGAAAUAACAAAAACAAAUAUUGUUAUUGCAGUAUAUUAUUAUUAUUAUUAUUAUUGGCAUUUAUAUAGUGCCAACAUAUUCCACAGCACUUUAUAAUAUUAUAAAGAGGGGGAAAUUUUAACAAUAAAUGAGACAAUUACAUAAUGUUACAGGAACAGUAGGUUGAUGAGGACACUGCUCAAACAAACUUACAGUCUAUAUAGUUUAAGGCCACUGUUAUAAAUGCUUUCUUAUUUUGAAAAGAACAGGUAAGGGGUAUUUAAGUCGUACUGCUACUUUUCCAUGCAGGCGUGUAGGCUUAAGUUUUAGGUAGCAGUUAAAGGGGCAGAAGCAGGCUUUACAGCAUUAUCAAAUCAGUGAGAGAGCAAGUAAGACAAAGGUGUUGAGAGAAGGAAGAAAUUUGCAUAUACAUCAGCCGCUAUGGGGUAGAUGAAGGCAUAAUGGGGAACGAACCCAUGAGACUGUAUACUUGGCACUGCUGUCACACACAACUGUAGGUUCUAACUUUACAUAAUUAACCCUGCCCUCUCUAUAGUUUAAAGGGACACUAUAGUCACCCAGACCACUUCAGCUCAAAGAAGUGGUCUGGGUGGAAGGUCCCUCAGGUUUUAACCCUUCACAUGUUAAGAAUAAUGAUAAAUUAUAUUACAACGAUGAUAUUUUAAGUAAAAGUGAAGUUUUUUGCAUUUUUUUACAAACAAACGGCACUUUUAUGGACUAUAUUAUUGUUGUAAUAUGUUUUACUGUUUUAAAACACUAAUAUUUGUGUUUAGUGAAGUCUCCCGAGAAUAACAGUACCCCCCCAGGUACAGGUUUUAUGGUGUUUUGGAAAGUUAGAGAGUCACAUAUAAGGCUUGCAUUUCAUUUUUUUUACAUUGAAAAUUGCCAGAUUGGUUAUGUUGCUUUUGAGAGUGUAUGGUAGCCCAGGAAUGAGAAUUACCCCCAUGAUGGCAUACCAUUUGCAAAAGUAGACAACCAAAGGUACUGCAAGUGGGGUAUGUCCAGUCUUUCUUAGUAGCCACAACACUGGCCAAAUAUUAGUUUUUUGCUUUUUUUCACACAAAAACAAAUAUGAACGCUAACUUUGGCCAGUGUUUGUGACUAAGUGGCUACUAAAAAAGACUAGACAUACCCCCUUUCAAUACCUUGGGUUGUCUACUUUUUCAAAUGGUAUGCCAUUAUGGGGGUAAUUCCCAUUCCUGGGCUACCACACCAUCUCAAAGGUAAUAUUACUAAUCUGGCAAAUUUCAAUUUGAAAAUGUAAUGUGCUAUAUUUGACCCUGUAACUUUCCAAAACACCAUAAAACCUGUUAAUGGGGGGUACUGUUGUACUUGUGAGACAUCGCUGAUUACAAAUAUGUGCAUUUUUUUGCAGUAAAACCGAACAGUAUUAUGACAUUUACAGCUAAAAUAUGAGGCGGAACUACAAAUUUUUUAAUUUUUUUUUUUUUUAAAUUUCUUUUUUUUUUUUUUUAUUCAUAAUAAAUUGUUUCAUAUAUAAAUAUUUGAUAUGAAAUUGAAGCCCUGUUUCUCCUGAACAAAAUGAGAGAUAUAUAUAUAUAUAUAUAUAAUGUGUGGGUGUAUUUAAUAUGAAAGAGGUGAAUUACGGUUGAACAGACAUAUAGUGCAAAUUCCAGUUUUUGUUUACGUUUUGUUUUGAUCAGAAUGUGUACUAUUGGCUCCGUCCUGAAGGGGUUAACAGGAAGAAUAUGUCUGUUUCUGUAUCGCUUACCACAGAGUGGAUAUUUUAAAACCUAAAAGGUAUUGAAAUAUUGGUUUGGGUAAUUUUAAUUUUGGAAAUUGAAAAUAUAACACUGUAUAGGAUUAGAAUUCUUAUUAUUUUUAAUGGUGACUAUUAAUUUUCCCCUGUGAUGUUCAUAUGAAAUAUGUAAGCAUUGCUCUUGAUCUAUGUUGUAGAAAGUAUUAUUGUAAUGCUUUUCUUGCCUCUCUUUGGCAGAAUUCACCAUGUCCUAAUUACAAUCCCAGUUCUUGGUCCUGCUCAAGCCAUCCACGACAUCCCUAUCACCCAAAUUAUCAAGGUGGAUCUGAGGUACUCAUGUACAAAACAUUGGAGUUCUUGGGGGGGAUUGGGUUGUUUUGUUUUGGUUUUAUUCCUGAUGUGUUUUUUUUCAUUGUUCCAGUUUUCCUCACUUGCUUUAGCUUGUUAAACUUUCCAUUUCCAUUGAUCCUCUUCAAUGUACUUUGUCCUCUGCUGUCCCUUCUUAACACUGUUCAUUUAACCCCUUAAGAACAUGGACAUUCUCUUUUAUUUAAAAAAAUAAUAAUAAAAAAAAUGAAUUAAUCAAAAGAUUUAGUCCCUCAUACCCCCACAGUUUUGUCAGUAAAUAAUGUGCAUACCGUAUAUACUCGAGUAUAAGCCGAGUUUUUCGGCACAUUUUUUUUUGGCUGAAAACCCCCCGCUCGGCUUAUACUCGAGUCAAUGUCUGUAUUCUGGCAACUUACAUUGCCAUAAUACAGACCAGAACAGCCGGGCUCAUUACAAUCCCGGCGGUCCUGUUGGGGGCUGGCAGCGAGCUGUUACUUACCUUUACAGCAGCUCCGUUCAGCUCACUUCACCUCCGUGCAGCUCCUCCGUUCAGCUCCCAGUGUAAGUCUCGCGAGCUCCGCUCGGCACGCAGACCGCGAGUCUUACACUGGGAGCUGAACGGGGGAGCUGACCAGAGCUUCUGUAAACAUAAGUAACAGCUUGCUCCUGCCCCCCAACCCCCCACAUAGUACACACCACUGGACCACCAGGGAUUUACAUAGCCUCUUCCCUGGCCAGGCAACAAGCAGGGAGGGGGGACAUUAAAAUAAAAUAAAAAAUAAUACAAAUAUUAAAAUAAUAAUAUUAAAAUAUAAUAAUAUUAAAAUAAAAACAUUUUCAUAAUAAAAAUGCCCUCCCCUCACCCAGUUUACACACACUACACAAACAUACACACACUGCAUUAUAUACACACACACUGAAUUCAUUAUAUACACACACUGUAAAUACAUAUUCAAUUAAUGUAAUUUUAUUGGGAUAUAAUUUUAUUUAGAAAUUUACCAGUAGCUGCUGCAUUUCCCACCCUAGGCUUAUACUCGAGUCAAAAAGUUUUCCACUUUUUUGUGGUAAAAUCAGGGGCCUCUGCUUAUAUUUGGCUCGACUUAUACUCUAGUAUAUACGGUGUGUGUGUGUGUGUGUGUGUGUGUGUAUGUAUGUGUGUGUGUGUGUAUAUAUAUAUAUAUACACGUGUGUUGUUGUAAUAAGGUUUUUGUUUCUGUUUUUUUGUCCUCUUAAUUAGCUCCGCUAAUUAAACAUCAGCAGUAAAUUUCUUAAAAUGCUAAGUUAUCAGCAUAUCUAAGCAUCAUCUAGCUAAUACAUUGAUAUUUUUAACUGAAUAUUAUGAAGCAUGUCUUGGCUGUCAAAUUGCAGCUAUUUGUCAUUGAGUUGAUUCAUAAAAUAGCCAACAUAAUUAUUUAUGAUAUGCCUGAGGCAUUUAUCAUCAUGUCUAAACAAUGUCAGCAAUGUUUCAUUGAUCAGAAAUAACAAAAACAAAUAUUGUUAUUGCAGUAUAUUAUUAUUAAUUUUGGCAUUUAUAUAGUGCCAACAUAUUCCACAGCACUUUAUAAUAUUAUAAAGAGGGGGAAAUUUUAACAAUAAAUGAGACAAUUACAUAAUGUUACAGGAACAGUAGGUUGAUGAGGACACUGCUCAAACAAGCUUACAGUCUAUAUAGUUUAAGGCCACUGUUAUAAAUGCUUUUCCCAUUUUUUUGUGGUAAAAUUAGGGGCCUCGGCUUAUAUUCGGGUCGACUUAUACUAGAGUAUUUACGGUAAUUAGUGCAGCUUAAGAAAAGUAAUUCAGAAUAAACUAAUUUGUCAUUAUUUACAGAAUGCAUAAUAUGUCUAGAUUUCAGUUUAUUUUUGGUAGUUACAGGUCAUAAAAUAAAAAGAUUAAAAUCAAAUGUCAACGUAGAGCGAUUUUAUAUUUUUGUAUGUUUGUCUUGUAAGAUGUGUCGUGUUUGUCUUGUAAGCUUAUUAGUCAUCACAGAAAACAAAAUUGCCCCACAAAUGCACAUAUUUAUAUAAAGCAGAUAUCACAGGCUAUUUACAUAAGAGUAUUUUGACAUUCUGUUACAUAUACAUUUAACAGCCAAAAUAUAGUAGUAAUUUAAAAAAUAAAAAUAAAAUAAAAAUGUAUAAAGAUUUUUAACAAACACACAUAAAACAAGGUUGCUUUAUGUGUAUUUGGUAACCCUUAUGUGUACUACUCCUGUAGAAACCCUAUUUGUGUUCAGCUACAUCUUCUGAGUACAAUUACCCCAUAAAUGCAUACCAUGAUGGGUGAAAGUGGACACCAGAGGUUAUGUCAUAUGGUAUAUUUUAAGCCUUAUUAUGUAUCCAUUUUAGCACCAAUGUCUUUCAGAUUUUAUUUUUGCAGUUUUGUAUACACACAUUGCACAAUAGCUGUUUAUUUUGUAAACUUGAUAUAUGCUACUUAGUAAAAAUCACUAACUUAUGCUCAGCUCUAUUUCCGGGGUACAGAAUGACUCCCAUUUGUAUACCUCUUUGCAAGGUGUUUGUACAAUAUACAGGACUAAAAUUAUAUACUGCCUAGUACAAAUUUUGGGAAAAAUGGCAAAUUGAAGAUGUGUAUUUGGUAAAUCUUGGGUCAUUUUUAGUGGCUCAUAUAUUUAAAUUAUGCGAUUUGCAUAAGUGGUCACAAUGGGAACUCUCACAUAAUGUUUUGAGCUUUAAUGAUGGUGUGUUUUUUUUUCCAUAUGUUUGUGGUAUUUAAAUUUUUUUAUUUUUACAUACACUUAGUAUUCAUGAUGCUUAUUUUUUAAAAUCUCAUGUGUCCCACUGUAAUAAAAUUAUCUUAGCUGUACUCUGCAACAUCUCCUGUGUACAACAAUACCCCAUAUGUAUUUCUUUGGAAAGUAACAAUCUUAAUCCUAAAUCUAAUCCCAAAUUUCACCCAAAUCCUAACCUAUACCAUAAUCCCAUGUCUAAGCCAAGCACCAUAUGCAGUAAGAGAAUGACUGUAGCUGAGCUUGUUCAUUAUGGAGGUAAAGGGAUACAUCAAAUGAUGACUUUCAGCACUGCAUGCAGUGCAUCAAAAUGUCUGGAGCCACUAAAAAUUGCUUCAGUUGAUGCAAGUGAGUCUCAGGUAUUGGCCAGUCUGGAGCCACUAAUUCAAAUUAUACCUGGGGUUACAAGUUACCAGCAGGGAAACUGUCCCUGCUAGAAAAAUACUGCAUUAUGGAAAUUUUCCAUUGUGUGUGUGUGUGCUUAAGUGAAAGACAUGCAUGACAGAAAUUGUCCAUCAUGCGUCCUUAAGGGGUUAAAGAAUGUGCUUUUCCACAGGUGAUUUCCUUAAUAUAUGCUGCUGUUGACUGCUUAGAAUGGGGUAUCCAAAAUGUGUAAAUUAUAAAAUCUGUACAUGGAAUAAUCCUGAUUACUUAUCUUUGCAGAGGAUGGAACCUUAUGCAAAUGGUUCAUAUGGACCCCAUUAUACCCAAGCUUCAAUGAAUCCCCAAUACCCUGGAUGUCCCCCACCAAAUCCAUACUACCCUCCUCCUUCACAGCCUCCUUAUCCAGUGGAUCCCUACAAGCAGUCAAGUGGGACCCACCAAGCUCCUCCUCACUGGGGAUACACACAACAUGGUGGGCACAAUUUAUCUCCACAGGCUCCAAGUUAUCCUCAAUACCCAAGUCAUCAGGUGAGUAGUAAUUUUGUUUGUAUCGGAAAUAUUCUAUUUUUAUGCAUUAAACUGGUGGUAAUGUUUUUUGGUAUAGUCAGUCUACUUGAGACUAAAAGGUAUAUAAUUUAUAUAAAAUGCUCACACCCCUGUGGGGGUUAUUUUGCAUAUCCCUCAUUUUUGGGUCCACUAUCAGCUGCCUGGGAGGGUUCUUAGCUGUUCCUAGGUUUGCACUCUUCUGCAAAUAUAUCACAUGUCCCACCCGGAAGCUGCUGAAGCUACUCUCCCAAAGUAGAUGGUACAGCCAUCAGUGAGUCGAUGCCUGCUCACUCUUGGUAUAAAGCUUGAUGUUGUCCAUGUAGAGGAAGGUAGCUCCACUCUUGAACCUGUAUCCAUAUCCAUUCGUCAUGUUGAUUAGAUUAAAAGGGUUGAAACUUACGCAGAACAGCAUCAGGGAUCGCACAUUCCUUGGUACAUGCCACAUUUGAUCUUUACUUGUGUAAAUGUCCUGAAAUUGGUUUCUAAGUUUGUUCUCCACUUGCCCAUCAAGUUUUUUGAUGAUGGCUCUUAUUGUCUUGUUGAAUUUGUAUAGAGCCAAGCAUUCCAGUAUCUCUGUGUGUGUAGCACUGUGCCAUAAGCUGUCUUGUAGUCUGUCUGGUUUUGAAAUUGAGUGUGACUGCUUGGUCUACCAGCAGCUGGUAUUUUGAAACUCUGGUGUUGUUUCGAAUCCCCUUCUGAGUAUUGUUCAUGUAUUGUCUUCUAUACCCUCCUAUACAGUUUGGUCUUACCUCUGGGUAGGUCUAGGGUGAUUCUUUGAUUAAAAAGGGCAUUUAUUCUCUUAUAGAGUUCUUCACUGAAGUCCAAAUAACCCUAUACUGAACAAGGCAAAACCAUAUGGCUGCAUAUGGUCCAUUCGAAUUGCAUUAUCCGGACAUUGUUCCCUCUUAAUUAGGCUGAAAUCGAUGGAUGCAAGUCAUCUAUAUAUUCAACAGUGCAUUGGGGCUGGAAUUUUGGUCUGGAUUUUAGCUGUGACACUAGUUUCCUCUUGACUAUGCUGAACCCUUGUGUAACUAUCGGUGUUGGUUUUAGUGUACAUGAUUGUUCUUAUUAAUCCAUAAUUCACAGAUAUGUUUCAUGUAGCCCCUGUGUCUGCACUGUUGUAGUAAUAGUCAAGCAGGCUCUUACUUUGUGUACAUGAAUUGUUUGUUCCAGUAGCCCACUUGUAGUCAGAUUGAACUGUUUCCCUAGUAUCUUGUUAGUUCGGGCUACAUCUGAGCCAUGACUCUCUAAAGACACCUAUAUCAUAUUUUUUUGUGUCUACAGUUGUAGAUCUGUAUAUUUUAAGUAGGACUUUGGAAAACCGCCUUGGGCAUAGAAAUUCGUGAAGUCGUGUUUUAACAACUAUACGAUCGUUCCCAAUUUGACAUGCAAAUGAGCGCAGACAGUCUUUGUGUUUUAGACUUUAUCUAGAAAUUUCUGCAGAUACCCUUUGCAAUGGACUGUUUUAAACCAUAGCAGGGGCUGUGAUCCAAAAGGAUCGGAAAUAAGCCAUGGACUAUACAGUUUUGAUCUUUUUGUCAACAUGACAUUGGUUCUAGUCUGCAAGUUAAAGUGUCUCUGAGAGCAAAUAGCUAGAUGACAAAAAGAUUGUGGUGAGACCAAACACAAUACAAUUCUCCACUGUGCAAAUAGAAACAUGUCUGCUGUGCAUCAGCUGCAUAUCUGAUGUUGGUCUCUGGAAUGUUUCCCUUGGGCACAGAGACUCAAGAAAUCCUGUUUCCAUGACUAUCUCAGAAUUUCCAGUUUAACAUAAAAAGGAACUCUGGGAUAUUGCAGAAACACAAUUUCUUGAGGUUCUGUGUCCAAGGGGGACUUUCCAAAGUCCAAUUUGAGAUAUGAUUGCACAGUUUGGAGAUAUAUCAUAAAAAUACACAUUUCAGUUUAUAUGCAUACAGAUAUUUGUGUAUUUUGCCAGGUUAUUACAUGCCCAAGUGAAUGUUUAACUAGUUUUAUUCAGUAUGCCACUGCAAUAAUCCAGUCCCACUGAUCCAAAUUGAGUAGGGUUUUGGGUUCAGGGCAGUUGGAAGGAAUGUAUUCUUAUUGUAGUUCUAAUGCAUCAAUGUCUAUGUUGAGCUGCAAAAUGUUAACUUUAUAAAUAUUAGUUGGGGUUUUUUUUAGCACUCGCAUUUGUAAAGUCCUGAUACGACCUGAAAUUUAUCAAAAACAAAUUUAAUAUCAACAAUAGUUCAACAGUUAGUGCUCCUGCUUUAUUAACUCUAGUACUUGUUCAAACUGUUUUAAAGUAGGAUUUAACAAGGAGUAUCAUUUAGUUGGAUAUUAAUACCACUAUUACUCGAAGAUCUACAGGAAAAUAGAAAAUACAUUCAUCCUGCUAGAUUAUCACUAUUCUUGUUUAAGCACCAAAGGUACAUUUUCAUUCAUGACCCAAUCUCUUUGAGCUCUUACCUCCCUGGUUUCUUUCUGAUGUCACAAGAUUAUGGGAAAAUCAGGGUGAGGGUUCAUGAAUUGCCAGUGGAUUCAGUACUAAACCCAAGCAACACUCAAUUUAUGCCAACCGAAAAAGAAUUCUCCUAGAAACCACAUAUAGUAAAUCUAAAUCUAUAGAACAAACUGACUAGCUUUCAUGUGUUUAUAUAUGUUUCAUAUGUCCUCUGCAGGAUGCUAUGCCUCCAUAUCCAUAUUGUGAAACUACUCCUGGCCUCCCGCAGCAGGCAAUGCCUCAGCAAAACCCUCAAGGUGAAGGUUGGGGUGUUUAUGGUGCUCACAACCAUUACCAGUGGCCAACAGCUCCUCCUGUGCCUCCCAACCAAUCUGGAAAUCAUUAUGUAAGUGGCAGUAGACCAUCUUGGCAAGGAGCAGACGUGCAGCCAGGAACCUAUGAUACGAAGGUAUGUUAUCCUAGGGGGUCAGAGUAAGUAUCAUGGUUUAUUAUUUACACUGGAAAAAUAAAUGGAAUAGCAAGAUCAAAUUACUCUGAUCCUAUGACUACCAUUAAAAGCACAUAAUUGGCAGGAGUCACAUUGAAAAUAUGCAAUAAAAAAAUUAAAGUUGCUAAAUCUGCUGCACUCGCACAAACAAGUAUGAAAUGCAAGUAGGCACCUUCCGGCACAGUCAGUCAGAGUCCUAUUCCCAUCUGUGGUUUCUGAAAUUCUCACAUAGAGAAAACUGAAUUGAAUGCUGUGCCAGUGGUAAAUCACUACAUAUGGGAAAUGGGUGUGGUUGUUAUGACCAUUAUGCACUAGAAAAUGUUAUCACUGAAAUUGAAUGAUUUAUUAACAUGAUUGACUUGAGUUUUUAUCUUUAUUUUUCUCCUAAGGAUGAUUCUCAGGCAUCCAGUUAUAACCGACAAAGACCAUAUCAGAGUUAUCCUGACAACCCACAAGCAAACCCAACUGAACACAAGCCCAAUCCACCAAACCCACAUUAUAGUGCUUCACCACAAAUGUACAAUAGAAAGGACCCUGCAAGCCAGGAAUCUAGGACCACUGAAGGGAACCCAUCCCAUGACAAUUCAAGCAACCACCCAGGUAUUCUUAAAAUCAACCAGGUGUUGGAGAGGAUUGUAGACUUGGAAAGAGAAGUGGAUGAGUUUGUAGGAAAGAAAACUGACAUGAGUUAUCGAUGUUUAGAAGAACUUUUAACCAAGGAACUACUGGAAUUGGAUUCAGUAGAAACCAGUGGACUGGAUAAUGUUCGCCAAGCACGGAGAGAAGCUGUGAAAAAACUGCAGUCAAUCAUAGAAAACUUAGAAAGAAAGGGAUUGUGAUUAUGAGAUAAAAUGGCUUGGCCCUUGCAAAUAAAGGAAGGUUUAUUGGGAUUCCAAGAAGAUUGCUACAGACCAUUAUUGUCAAAGUAACGUGUUUUAUAAUAAUUGGAGAAAAGUCCUUUAUUGGAAAUAUAUAAUUACAUUGGAAAAUAAACAUGUGAUGACUGAGGAAAUCUUUGGGGAAAAUAAUAAUAAAAAAUGUUGAUUAAUGUAUAGCUGGAUAUCCCACGGUUUAAUAAUCCACAAUUAAAAAAAAAAAAAGGAAAAAAAAAAAAGUGUACUUCUUAAAUUGCCAUUUAGGGUGAAUCUUGCUUGAGUUGCAUAGAAAACAUUUUCUGAGUAUUAUUGGAAAAUGUAAAUUUAAUGUUUGGGAAGUAUUCGGUGUGUUUUGAGACCAUUGUAAAAGAAUUAAUAGGGCUGAUUCAUUCCUGACACAUUUAAAAUCAAAGAAUUUGAUUGCACAUUUUAGUUUUGUAUGUCUUUUUUACCACUAGCACAGCAUGUCCGCUAUUGUUCAGACUUUCCCAAAAAAAUAAUGUUAUCAGAUAAAACAACCAAGUAUGGGGUUUUAAAUCCUUUUUUAAAGCCAUAAACGAUCAGUCACAAAAUACAAAUGUGGCAAAAAGUUCCCUUGAAAAAGAUGUUGGCACUAAAUGAGAAUUCUGUAGCUUAUCUGCUGUCAUUUUCUGUCUGAAAUAAUUCCUCUUUUCUGAAACUUAAAGUGGCACUGUAGGAAAUACAAUCAUUUUAUCUGUGUAAAAUGGUUAAAGUGCUAAGUCACCUGUCUCUUUUCAUUCAGUGUUAAACCAUUUUAAAACUGUUUAACACUGAAUGUGAGGGCCUGUAGCUGCCCACAUCCUGGCGUCUUUUGCAGGUAUAUCUUCUUCUAGCCAUGACCACUCCUACUAGCAAAGGGAGCUAUUCUAUACUGAAAGAGGUCAACUGACACUCCCAGCUAUUAACAGAUGCCCAUUUCUGUUUAUACCAAGUGGCAUAGAGGAAAUGGGCUGCUGGAGACUGUAGUUUAGAAUUACACUGUAACGCUAAAUGAAAGGACUGCGCCAGGGUACUCAAGACACUAUAACCACUUUAAUGAGAUCAAGCAGUUACAGUGUACCUUUAAGUAAUACCACAGCCAUUUUAAGUAAGAAAAAUAUUUAGCAUUACAAGCUUCUACCAUAUGGCUCUCAAGUUGCAAAAUUUCAAACCUAGUAUGUCAACUUCAACGGAACAAUAACAGACAAUCAUAAUCGUCAGGAAAAUGUUAUAUUUAGCCAUGUUUGUGAUUAUAAAAGUGUUUUAUCUCAGGAAAAAAAUAUUUCACACCUAAAAUAUGACAAAAAAAUUAAACGGAUAUUCACUACAAAACUGCUUAUGGGGAGAGAUUAAGAACAAGUCUUGUGACAAAGCUUCACACCACCUUGGUAGAAAUGAUCUGAAAUGUACAAAUCAUCCUGCUCUGUUGAGGAUAUCCUCACUGUUUUUCUUGCACUGGGAGAUAUACAGAAUAUUGUGAAGAUAUAUAUCUUUAUAUAUAGAUAAGAGAAUGUUGAAUUUGAUAAAUAAAAGCCAUACUGGGAUUACCUAAAACAUAAUGUCAUUAAUUUAUUUUUUUGCAAGGCCAUCUUAUAACAUAGUCAUUCAAUUCUGCUACAUGGUGCUUGUUCAGCAUUUGUUACAGAUAAGAUGCUAAUAAAUUUAUAUUUAGCUUUGGUUAUUUGUAGUUUUAUUUCUUACAUAUAAUUG